AUGUCGGCACUGGUCGAGCAGCUCGGCGCAAUGCACGAGACAACGCUAGUCGCUCGCUUGCGCCUCACGGUCGCACUUUCCUGGAACGGCAAUCACCACGGUGCGCUCAACCUGGGUCUCGAGACGCUGGACCUCCAGCGCGCCAAGUAUGGCCUCCGUCAUUGGCGCACGGCCGGCACUUUGUGUGCGAUCGGUGGUGCGUACAACCAACUCUACAUGUUCCGUGUCGGGGCCCGGUACCUCCGACGCGCCCUUCUCGUUCAAGAAGCAACCUUGGGGCACGACCAUGCAUCAACGCGAACGUCGGCGUCGCGGCUCGUGAAUGCCCUUUUGAACACGGGGGACGCCGUGCGCGCGCUGCCGAUGGCAGAGCGCCUCGUUGCGGGCAGCGAGCGCAUCCUUGGCCCGCUCCACGACGCCGCUAUUCUUGACAAGAUCACGCUCGGGGGCGCGCUUCUUAUGGCGGGACAAGCCAACGAAGCGCUGUCACUCUGGACUGCGACGGAUGCGAUUCUGGAAGGCCGACCCGAGCUGACCGCUCGCCGGCCCAUGGUGCUCGGUUUGAUGGCGACGGCAUUUUGGUCCCAGAACCAGUACGAGAAGGCCACCAACUACUUUAUCCGGGCACUAAACCUCUCGCCCACGAAAAAGAGAAACGCGUGGUACUUCUUCUUGAUGGCGUCGACGCGUCCAUCCCACGCCGAUGACCUUGCGCGCGCACGAAGUUAUAUCGAGUCCGUCGAUGAUCCAACGCCCGAGACGUGGCCAGAGAGCUGCCUUUCGUGCGGCAGGGUCAUUGCCGGCUGUGUCGUCAUGUGCACGGGGUGCCCCGGCGGCAUCUCAUUUUUUUGCACAAAGUGCCUCGCGCGCAACGUCGCCUGCCUCCGAAAGCACUGCAAGCACGACCCGUUGAUGACCAAGUUCUCGACGAUGCCGCCUCCGCGCCGAUUCUUCCUGGAAAAAGACUUGCUCGACGCCUCGUACGAACACAUCGAGACGCUGUGGACCGACUACGACGCCUACUGCACGAUGCACAGCGUCCCGUUGCACGAGCGCCUACCACGGACAUCGGUGCCUCUUUUGAACCGUUGUUGGCACCCGAUGUUUUAG